UCUUGUGAAGAUGCUUGCAGUCACACCGCGCUUCACUAUGCGCGAAUAGCUCCUGCUCAAGGAAGCAGCGCCUUCUCUUAGUGCGUGUCAGUGACACAUUCAGCUUCAGUGUUCGAAAGAAAAAGUAGGAGAACGGACAGCGGGAGGAUCCCCAUACCAGCAAUUAUUACACUGAAGAAAAGUACUGCAGGACGAGGACCCAUGAAUUUAAAAAGCACGUUCCCGAACAGGACCGUCUGUGGAAAGAAAACACUUCAGCACUUACAGCAGAUUGACAUUCCGCAUCCAGAUGUAGACGAAGACAUGUGACAGAUGGUCUUCUUCGGUUUUCAUUUGAACUGUGCGGCGUAUAAGAUCGGAGCCAAGCAAAGUGAAGAAGCUGAAGAACUGGAGGACACUCAAGGUUACAUGGAGAUGUUUGGUUGAAGUCGAAGGAAUAAAACAGAAAACCCUUCAAUCCAUAAACAUAAACUUGGAAAUCAUGGAGAAGCGGAUUCCUGUGUGCUUUUCAUCUAAGUUGUUUGAAGAAAUAGACCCCCUCUCUGCUCUUUGUAGUUUUGCAGCUAUAGGACCAUCCGUGUCACUGUGAAGAAUAAGGCCAACUCCCCAGUCCGGAGGAAUAGCGUGUUCAAGAAGAGCUCUAGAUGAUGAGCAGUCCUAGCGGCACAGGCAUAUCAAUCAGCUUGACCACAGUGAGCCUGAAUGUGGGGCUGCAUGGGGACCUGAUGGCUUGGCGGGUGAACAGCUCUUUGUCCACAGCGGACACCCUGAACCUCUCUGACUCCGAGAGCAUCUCGCGGUCGUCUAUGAAGGAGAAAAACUGGCCAGCUUUGAUGAUUUUGAUCAUCAUUAUUCUCACCAUUGGUGGAAACAUACUGGUGAUUAUGGCUGUGUCCUUCGAGAAGAAACUCCAGAACGCUACAAACUUCUUCUUAAUGUCCCUGGCAGUCGCGGACAUGCUGGUGGGGAUUCUGGUCAUGCCGGUGUCCCUCAUUAACAUCCUUUACGACUAUGCCUGGCCUCUGCCCAGCGCAUUGUGUCCCAUCUGGAUCUAUCUGGAUGUGCUGUGCUCCACUGCGUCCAUCAUGCAUCUGUGCACCAUCUCUCUGGAUCGCUAUGUGGCGAUACGCAACCCCAUCGAGCACAGCCGCUUCAACUCGCGCACCAAGGCUAUGAUGAAGAUCGCUGCGGUCUGGACCAUAUCCAUUGGUAUUUCAAUGCCCAUUCCUGUCAUAGGCCUCCACGACGAAUCCAAAGUUUUUGUUAACGGAAGCUGCGUCCUUAACGAAGAAAAUUUUGUUCUCAUCGGGUCCUUUGUGGCUUUCUUCAUCCCCCUCAUCAUCAUGGUGUUCACAUACUGCCUGACAGUUAAGGUUCUGCAGAGACAGGCCACUGUGUUUUUACACGAAGAGAACCCUAAACAGCAAAGAAGAAGCAGCCUGAGCUGUCUAAAGAAGGAUGCCAGCCAGACUCCCUCUGAUGACAUAUCCAUAAUACACAGCCCAGAAAUGCCUUCCCAGUUAAACUCUCCCCUCAGCAGAGAGCAGAGGACGGGCCGCAAAGGCAUGAUGCAGGCCAUUAGGAACGAGCGCAGGGCCUCCAAGGUUCUGGGAGUGGUCUUCUUUUUGUUCUUGCUCAUGUGGUGCCCGUUCUUCAUCACUAACGUCAUGUCUGUCCUCUGCAAAGGAGCCUGUGACGGAGAGCUCCUUGGGGAGCUGCUCAAUGUGUUUGCGUGGGUGGGCUACAUUUCUUCGGGGGUCAACCCCUUGGUUUACACCCUCUUCAAUAAAACCUACCGCCGGGCGUUUUCCAAUUAUAUUCGCUGCCAGUACAAGAACAGUAAAACACCCCUGCAUUGCAUGCAGCAGCCGCACAGCCUCACUGCCGCCAUCUACGAGAAAGGCAUCAACCUCAGCUACAGAAACGGGAAUGAACUGAACAGCAUGGACCCGGACGACACUGACGAUGCGCUGGAAAUGCAACCAGGUACCUCGGAAGUAUCUAUUAACAGCUGCACCGUCAUCAGUGACCAAAUCAGCUGUGUGUAAUCUUAUUCACUGUGGAAUAACUUCCCAUUGUAAUAGACAACAUUUCAGUAACUGCUACCAAGCGCUGGACAGUGUGUUGGGUACAGUGCAUAAUAUGACAGACAUCACAGACUGUAUCAGUUUUUUUUUUUUAUAUACCAUUAUUUUGAGCACAUAAAUAAUUAAUAGUAUUGAUUGUUGUAGUAAUGUCUUUAUGGGAAAAUAGUGAGGAAAACUUUGAUCUGUAUCAGGGUACAUUAUCCAGAUAGCACACAGGGAUUGUGUGCUAUCUGGGAUGAGGUGUGCAUGUUUUAAAGGCAUUAGCAAUACCCUCACUGGGUAGCACCAGGCUGCAUUGGUAACCCUGUCCUCCUAGGCCCUCCCUCUAGCCCCUUGCAGAUCAAAUCCUGUCUUUCAAAUUCCUACAGUACUUCAGAUGGUCGGAUUUCUAGGAACGUAGUGCCCCCUUGUGGUGUUAUAGAUUAUUGUAGUUCUCACCUGUCUCAAAUACUGCCGGAAUAAACUCCUGUUUUUUUUUUUUGCUUUUGCCCCAUCCUUCAGCGCAGGAUAGCAUCACUGUUGUCAAAGAUAAACAUGGAUGAUUUAAGGCACCACAUGUAAUGAUACAACUGAACAAUUGAAUUGAGGACUGAACAUUUCUAGUGGAAGGGAAUCAAAAGAAAUAGUUAUUCACAAGCUCAAAAGAACACCAGCAGUGUCAAUUUAGAAACUCCUUCUCUAUCUAUUCCAUGUUGUGACAAGACACUAGCAGUGGCAGAAGAAGAACAAACUAAUCAAAGGACCCCAAAGGACCCUCAAGCAGUGUUAACCUGGGCUGCUCUGAAGCUGUGUGUGCACUGCCCUCCAGGAUUCAGUUCAAGCAGUGUUAACCUGGGCUGCUCUGAAGCUGUGUGUGCACUGCCCUCCAGGAUUCAAUUCAAGCAGCGUUAACCUGGGCUGCUCUGAAGCUGCAGGUGCAUGCCCUCCAGGAUUCCAUUUCAACAAUUAGAGUAUGGGAUACUUUGAUUACAUUGUAGACAGUUGAGUUUUAUGGUCAAGUGAUGGUAAAGUGCAGUAAAGUCUUGUUAGAACAUUAUUUUUAAUACUGAAUGAUCAAUCAACGAUGCAGUAAAAACAGAUGAUUCUACAAGCCCCACUUUCAAAUAAUGUAGGUAUUACUGUACUAAUUAGCUGGUUAUUUCUUCCAUCACAUGCACAUUGCAGUACCAGGGGAGUGUGUAUAUACAAGAGCUAGAAGUGUUUAUACUUUUCAUGUAAAUAUUAUUGAAGCAUUGAUAUGUUAUUAAUGUUAUCCAUGUCUUUAAGUCGUUAGCAGAGCUGUCUGACACUGUAGCUUUCUCACUAUUUCAAAGCAUCACAUUUUUUGUGAACAUUUAAACACUGCAACAGUGUCAUUGUUUGUUUACAGUCAUCUGCUCUAUGUUUUGUUGUGCUGCUAUUAAUUUAUUAAAGAAAGUUUGUUAAAA